UUCGCCACGUGUCGACUCGAACGAUCCUGGCGCCACGGCAGCUAGGUAGAGUUGGGAAUAAAAAGGAGAGCGGGCUUGCUCCUGGAUCCAGUCCCACUGUUUUACCCUACGCCGGUGAAAGCUGCGUUGGACUUAUGCAGUUGCAGAGUCUUUCCCACUCUGGCACAACAUUGAACUGCCUUCUCCGAAUCUUAGAGUUGGACUCAAGAGUUUUGCUGGUACACCCCUAUCCGCCAAGAGAUAUCGUAUCGCUGAGAGAAUGGCUCAGCCUUCGGCAGACGCCUCAGCAGCGCAGAUAUCGAAGGAAAUCGGACUAGCGUGCAAGUCAGACUUCAACGAGUAUCAGCACGCUAGCAAGGAGAAAAGUUGGGUGGUGGUUAGUAUCCAAGCGCCUCAGUGCCAGGAGGAUGAAGAGGGAGAAGUCAGUGAGAAGGAUCGGGCACCGCUGGAGCUCGUUGCCGUGAUUGAUAAAAGCGGCAGCAUGAGUUCAAACAGUAAACUAGAUAUGGUCAAGGAAACUAUGCUCUUCGUCAUCCAACAAUUGAGUGCGAAAGACAAGCUGGGGGUCGUCCUGUAUGAUUCUGAUGUGACAUCAACUGGUACACUCAAGAAGAUGGAUGCGAGCGGCAAAGCGGAAAUUACUGAUCUGAUCGAACGCUUGCGCACAGGGUCCUGCACCAAUCUAUCCGGUGGACUUUUGGAAGGAUUGGCAAUGAUUGAAGACCUGCAGAAACAGAACGCCGGCGGCGAUACAGGUGCCGGAAAGGAGAAGAAAACGGUGUCAUCAAUUCUUCUGAUGACGGAUGGCAUGGCCAAUGAGGGCCUAACCUCGCAGCAAGAUAUCAUUGCCUGCUUAACGCAACGAGGCCGCAACGACUUCUAUCCCGCUGGUGAGUAUCGCGCCACCAGCGGUCGGCAUCAAGCUCGACAGAUGUUGGGCCGGAGACAGGCACAACCACAACAACGUCAGCAACAGGCACAACAAAGCUCAAUGCUGGGCAAUCUUGUGCAAGCUGUCAAUCCAUUCCGCUUUUUUGGCUCUUCCUCUGCUACACAGUCAUCACCUCCAAUGAGUCAAACUAACCAACUACAGCAGCAACAGAUGCCGCCUCCGAUGCAGCAGCAACAGAUGCCGCCUCCGAUGCAGCAGCAACAGAUGCCGCCUCCGAUGCAGCAGCAACAGAUCCCGACUCAGAUGCAGCAGCAACAGAUGCCACCUCCAAUGCAGCCGCAACAGAUGGCGCCUGAACAACUACAACCACCACUGCCUCCACCAGCAGCACCAACUCCUCCAUCAGCAGGUUCUUCUGAACUAAGUGACGUUGUGGCUGCGAGUAUCUACACCUUUGGCUUUGGUGCUGAUCACAAUGCCACGUUGUUGCAAGCGUUGAGUGACGCUGGCAAUGGGGUCUACUACUACAUCGAUACAUCUGAGAAGAUCCCAGAGUCCUUUGCCGACUGCUUGGGUGGCUUGCUGAGCACAGCCGCUCAGAAUAUCUCUCUGGAAAUCACGGCUGAGAACGGCUGUAACAUAAGCGAAGCCUAUGCAGGUCGAAGCACCAAAUCAAGAGACAGUGGCGUUGCCAUUACGUUGCCUCUGGGAGAUAUCCAGUCAGAAGAAUGCCGCGACUGUGUGUUCUGCUUGGAUCUGCCCGAGAUACCUGAAGAGUGUGGUGAAUGGGUUAUUCUCAAGGCUAAGCUGACCUGCUUCAAUGUCAUCACAAGUAUGCUGGAGGUAAAGGAAGCCUUGCUGAAAGUACGCAGAGUCAAGGAACUUCCAGCUGAUCGCUCACCCAACCCUGAUGUUGACCAGCACCGUAACCGUAUAACGUCAGCUCAAGUCAUUGAGCAUGCAUCAGCACUGGCGAACCAAGGAGAUCUUGGUGGAGCAAGACAUAUGCUGGUUCAGCAACAACAAGUAAUCCGUUCGAGUGCAUCAAAUGCUUGCCAAGUAACAACAGAGCUGGACCGGGACAUGGAUCGCGUUGCAGAGAACCUGACCUCCGCAUCCAGAUGGGAGCAUGGCGGCAAGCAUUUGAGCUCCAAUAUCGGACAGAAGCACAUGGCGCAGCGCAGCAACGAUACCACUGAGUCAGGCUAUACCAACCGCAUGAAGGCCAAGAAGAAGGCUGACUUCUCCCUCUUCUCCAAGCGAUGAUCAGAUGGCAAGCGGUUAUGAGAAUAACUGAUUGUCUCUCGCGGUGACAUACCACCACCGUCGUUACCAUCUAGAAAAACACCGCACAGGUACAUAGGUUCAGUGUGCGCUCUUACCUGCAGCAAGACCUCAUGUAUACAAUGUAUGUUCUCCGACAGGAUGCCGUGUAUUAUCUGAUUAAACUGCACGCGCAGGUCGCUAGAUUUGUCUAUACUACACUAUAGCUUGUUGAAUAUCUGUAUAUCUGAAUGACAUUUGGUAGGACGGACACACAUCUUCUGUCUAGCAUGUAAACAUACUGUGCAAUUGACUUGUUCCAUGUUAGGCGAAAUUCGCUGUGGCAUCCUUUUUUUAUUCCUUAUCCUCACAAUGACCAUAGCCAACAACAGAGAUUGUCUGGUCAUCCAGCAGUAUUUCAAUCACAUGUACAAUCUAUAUUUGCUCUCCGAUCUGAAAAACUAUAUCUUCCCAAAAUUUAAGUGGGUGUUGCUUUGCAUUUUUGAGUUGUAGUCAGAUUGGUACAUUUCCCAUGGCCUUACAAGUUUCUUCAUCAGACUCAUCACCCAGUAACAUUCGGUAUUCUUUUUUUGCAAUGGGACGUCGCUCAUACAUUUUCAUUACCCAUCUUCGAUGCGCUUUCCAUCUCCUCGUUGGAGCUUCAAGUUCCUAACCAGAGCCUCCCGAGUUUCAAGGUUGUCGCUUUGCUCCUGA